GCGCGCCCAGAAGCCGCGCGGACUACAGCUCCCAGCGUGCCCCGCGCCUCCUAGGCGAGGCCCGGCAGCGCGCGCAGCCGCGGGGCAGGAUGGGAGCAGUAGUCCCGUAGCGGCGGUGCUGGGCCGCCCGCGCGGGGCAUGCCGGGAGUAACAAUCCGCCAGUGCAUCGCUGCUAUGCGCCGCGCGGGGCAUGCCGGGAGUGGUAGUCCACCAACGCAUGGCUGCUCUGCGCCGCGCGGGGCAUGCCGGGAGCUGUAGUCCAGCGCGCGGGGCACGCCGGGACGGCGCUUCCUGUGGCGCCGCCCGGGACCGGGGGAGAUUUUUCCGCGUCCUUUUCUUCCUCCUUUUUUAUUUUGGUUUUUUUUUUUUUUUUUUUAUUUUAAUCUUUUCCCUCUUUCUCCUCCUUUUCCUCGUCUUUUCCCUCCUCUCCCUCUUCCUCCUCCCUCUCUGCCUCUCCCCCUGCCCCUGUCACUGUUUCCCCCUUUGUGGUGCCGGGCCAGCUCCGCUCCAAGCUCCUUUUCCUCUUCUUUUCCCUUUUAUUUUUCUUUUCCAGCUUCCCUUUCCUCCUUCUUCCCAUUCCCAAUUUCCCCGUUCCCUGAAGGAAUCCCUGGGGCUGGAAAAUCCACCCGGUGUGGCGCUCACAUCCCCCCUCCCCCUUUCCCCUUACCUGUUUGUUUUUUUUUUUCCUGGAAGCAGCAGCUGCAGUGGGAAUUGUGCUGGGAAUUUUUCCCGGGAAUCCAGCCGGGAAUCGCUCCGGGGAGGAUGAAGCUGCUGGAGAAUUCCAGCUUCGAGGCCAUCAACUCCCAGCUGACGGUGGAGACAGGUGACGCUCACAUCAUCGGCAGGAUCGAGAGCUAUUCCUGCAAGCUGGCUGGCAUUGACAAGCAGCUCUUCAAGCAGUUCUGCCAGGAGGGGCAGCCCCACGCCCUGGAGGCCCUGUCCCCACCCCAGACCGCGGGAAUCAGCCCCGGAAGACUGGGCAGGGGACAGCCUGGGGACGAGGACAGUCCCCUCAGUGACACCUGCAGCCGUAAGACUCUCUUCUACCUGAUCGCCACCCUCAACGAGGCGUUCCGGCCCGACUACGACUUCAGCGCCGCCAAGAGCCACGAGUUCAGCCGAGAGCCCAGCCUCAACUGGGUGGUCAAUGCCGUGAACUGCAGCCUCUUCUCGGCCGUCCGUGAGGAUUUCAAGGCCCUGCGCCCGCUGCUCUGGGACGCCGUGGAUGAGGAGAUCAGCCUGGCCGAGUGCGACAUCUACAGCUACAAUCCGGACCUGGACUCGGAUCCCUUUGGAGAGGACGGCAACCUCUGGUCCUUCAAUUAUUUCUUCUACAACAAGAGGCUGAAGCGCAUCGUCUUCUUCACCUGCCGCUCCGUCAGUGGCUACACCUACACCCGGCCGGACACCGGGAACGAGCUGGACAUGGACCUGGGCGAGGGCGACACCGACACCGGGAAGGGCGACGGCGGCGACCGCGAGGGCGGCGGCAUCGAGGAGGACAGGUUGCAGGUGAUGUGCAUGUGAGAUUCCCAACGGGAUCCGAGACACCGGGAACGGAACCGGCAAUGGGACUGGAAAUGGACUGGGAAUGGAACCAGCACUGGGAAUGGGACUGGGAAUGAAACCAGUACUGGGAAUGGGACUGGGAGCAAAUCCAGUACUGGGAAUGGAACUAGCACUGGGAACAGGACUGGGAAUGAAACCGGGACUGGAAACGAAACCAGUACUGGGAAAUGAAACCAGUACUGGGAAUGGGACUGGCACCAGGAAAAGAACUGGGAAUGGAACCAGGAAAAGAACUGGGAAUGGAACCAGGAAAGGAAUUGGGAAUGGAAUCAGCACCGGAAACGGACUGGGAAUGGAACCAGCACCGGGACUGGCACCAGGAGAGGAACUGGGAACAGAACUGGGAAUGGAACCAGGAAAGGAACUGGGAAUGGAACCAGCACCGGGACUGGUACCAGGAGAGGAACUGGGAACAGAACUGGGAAUGGAACCAGGAAAGGAACUGGGAAUGGAACCAGCACCGGGACUGGUACCAGGAGAGGAUCUGGGAAUGAAACUGGGAAUGGAACCAGGAAAGGAACUGGGAAUGGAACCAGGAAAGGAACUGGGAAUGGAACCAGCACCGGGACUGGUACCAGGAGAGGAUCUGGGAAUGAAACUGGGAAUGGAACCAGGAAAGGAACUGGGAAUGGAACCAGCACCGGGACUGGUACCAGGAGAGGAACUGGGAAUGAAACUGGGAACGGAACUGGGAAAGGAGCCGGCCCUGCCCUGGUGCUGCUGGUCCUUACUGAGCCGUGUCCCCUCCAGGUGUUCCCCCAGGUGUCCCCCCCAGGUGUCCCCAUGUCCCCCCUGGACACUGGAGCCCCCCCAGGAAUCCCGGAGCUCCGGGAAGCUUCGCUGCACUUUAUGGCUCCUGCCCUCGGCUGCACUGACCCCUGUCCCACCUGCCCGGGCUCCGUCCGUCCGUCCGUCCUUCCCGGCACUGCCCGGCAGGAAAAGCCCCAAAAUCCCAAAUCCCGCCCCCCAAACCCCGCCCCGAGUCCGUGUGUUUCAAGAGUUUGGCUUUGCUCUCCA